UCAUUUCAGUUGACGUCACAAGCCUAGUAUCAACACAAAAAUGGCAUCCUCGUCGACAAAUAUCAAACGGACCAUCCUCAACGAGGAUUUGUCGAAUGUGGAGUUUGAAACCAGCGAAGAUGUUGAAGUUAUCCCGACCUUCGACAGUAUGGGUCUUCGGGAGGAGCUUUUACGCGGCAUCUACGCGUACGGCUUCGAGAAGCCCUCGGCUAUCCAGCAGAGAAGCAUCAAACCCAUUGUGAAGGGCCGAGAUGUGAUUGCCCAAGCGCAGUCUGGUACCGGCAAAACAGCCACUUUCUCCAUUUCUAUUCUGCAAAGUCUGGACACUCAGCUGCGAGAAACUCAAGUGCUGUGUUUGUCGCCCACGAGAGAGUUGGCCGUGCAGAUCCAAAAGGUCAUCCUGGCCCUUGGUGAUUACAUGAACGUGCAAUGCCACGCCUGUAUUGGAGGCACCAACCUCGGAGAAGACAUCAGGAAGCUCGAUUACGGACAGCACGUCGUGUCCGGCACCCCUGGCAGAGUUUUCGACAUGAUUCGACGUCGAACACUGAGGACGCGUUCCAUCAAAAUGCUGGUGCUGGAUGAGGCUGACGAAAUGCUUAACAAGGGAUUCAAGGAGCAGAUCUACGACGUCUACAGGUACCUCCCACCUGCGACUCAAGUUGUGCUCAUCUCUGCCACCCUUCCUCACGAAAUUCUUGAGAUGACCAGCAAGUUCAUGACUGACCCCAUCCGCAUUUUGGUCAAACGCGAUGAGUUGACACUGGAAGGAAUCAAGCAGUUCUUCGUUGCUGUUGAACGCGAAGAGUGGAAGUUUGACACACUCUGCGAUCUCUAUGACACCUUAACCAUUACUCAGGCAGUCAUUUUCUGCAAUACAAAGAGGAAGGUUGACUGGCUGACAGAAAAAAUGCGAGAAGCGAAUUUCACCGUCAGCUCCAUGCACGGUGACAUGCCUCAAAAGGAGCGAGACAGCAUCAUGAAGGAGUUCCGAUCAGGCACUAGCCGUGUCCUCAUCACCACAGACGUGUGGGCCAGAGGUAUCGAUGUCCAGCAAGUUUCCCUGGUCAUCAACUAUGACUUGCCCAACAACCGUGAAUUGUACAUUCACAGAAUUGGCCGAUCAGGUCGUUUUGGACGCAAGGGUGUUGCCAUUAACUUUGUGAAGACAGAUGACAUUCGUAUCUUGAGAGACAUUGAACAGUACUACUCCACACAGAUCGAUGAAAUGCCAAUGAACGUUGCUGAUUUGAUCUAAUUUUGCAACACAAAAAGCAUAGGGAAGAAUUCACAAACAGUGUCAAUGGACUCAUACGUUUAGUUUUUCCUAACAGACAGCAGGUAGAUCUGCUUAAAUUUUAAACUGUAAGAUCCUCUAUGGUGUAAUUAUAUUGUCUUCAAGUUGUGUAACAAAAAUUUGCAAGAAAAAUAAAAAAGUAAUUUCAAUUACUAGCUAAUAA